AUGAAUCAGCUGCUCUCAUAGUUUCUGGUAUGAUUUUAAAAUAGGAUCACAUAUUGAAUGUAAGAAUCCAAGGUUCAACUUUUUAAGAUUCGGAGACCUUUCUCGUGCCUUCCCACCCAUCGAAGAUCACUUCAUUUAGUUCGAUCUUGUCUUUGGCUUGUUUACUCCAUUGGUCCUUACUCCAAAGGUGCCCCACACCAGUUCACUCUACUGCUUCUUGCCGGCCAAAGCAAGACCAUGAGAUUAAUAAGUGCUAUCCGCGGAAAGAGAUUGCUAAUCGCCUCGUCGUCAGGAGCUCGGCAUGACGGUGCACGCUGUUCUUUUCUUAUAUAGCAAGUUUGUUUUUCAAUAAAAUCGGGCUGUACUUGGUAGAAGUUCAUUGUUUCAGUGACGCUGAUCCCCUUUAUUUCAAAGGAUAAUCACGAUGUAGAAAAUGUGGUUCGGAAUGGGCCGACUCUCGUUGCUGAUGCAGAAGAAGACCGUUGCCGUCAGGUUUCCGGCGGUCUGGUUAGCAGAAAAAAUAGGUGGAUGGUCCCGGCAUUUUGGAGAAAGAUUGGUGCUUGAAGAUUUUGAGGAUUCUCCUAGAAAAGGUGUUCCUACAGUAUCGCUGGCAAAAAGCUUAGCUUGCCUUACAGAUGAGCCUCUGUCAACAGAUAAUCAGAAUGCCAAGAGCCCAUCGGAGCAGAAGAGAUUGAUUGAGGUGCGCAUCAAGAAGAUGGUGAAAGCGCGAUAUCUCAAUGAGAAGUUUUAUGAUCUUAUGGAUGUGGUUAUUGCUAAUGCAGACACUCUUAGGGAUUGCUAUGAUCUGGUGCGCUUGAACUCUCAUGUUGAACUGACAACCCAGACCGACAACCUUUGCUUUUCUACCAUGGCAAAACAGAUUACGAAUGGUGAUUUUGAUAUCAAGGAAAAUAGCGUGAAAAUGUAUGAAAAGAGUGAUCAGAGACAAUGCUUGGUUCUUCCUAACCUUAAGUUGAGAGUUAUACAAGAGGCUGUCAGAGUAGUACUUGAGGUUGUCUACAGGCCAUAUUUCUCUAAAAUAUCCCAUGGCUGCAGGAGUGGAAGAGGGCAUCGUUCAGCUCUGAGAUAUGUUCAGAAAGAAAUUCAUAAUUCUGAUUGGUGGUUCACAAUAUCAAUGAGAAAAGUUGCUGACAUAAAUGUUCUUUCUAAAUUAAUAUCAGUGAUGGAGGAAAAAAUUCAGGAUUUUAAGUUAUUUAAAUUCAUUUAUCAAUUGUUUGAUGCCCAAGUCCUUAACCUGGUCUUUGGGGUAUUCCCAAAGGGUCAUGGACUGCCUCAGGAAGGAGUUCUUUCCCCUAUCCUAAUGAACAUUUAUCUGGGUAUGUUUGAUAGUGAAGUGACUAGAAUGUCCUUGAGAUAUGAAGGCCUAGGCCUUGGCUCCAAUGAGGAGAAAGGUUUGGAACAGCCGAAACUACGCUGGUGGUUCCGUAGACAGAUAAAAAAAAGUGGUGAUUCCAGCAAAGAGAAAUUAGAGGCUACUGAAGGAAAUAAACUUAAUGUAUGCAGAUACAUGGAUGAGAUUCUUGUUUUGGUUUCAGGUUCUAGAGAUGUUGCAAUGAGUUUGAAGUCGGAUAUUCUAAACUUUCUAAUGAGUUCACUUCAUUUAGAUGUGGAAAAUCAGAUGGAUCCACUAGCUGUUGAUGUUAACUCUCAUGUUUUGCAGUUUCUUGGCACAUCUAUUCAGGUUAGAACAAGAGAAGCUGAGGCCUUACGAGCUGUGCACAAAUUGAAGGAUAAGGUGCAGAUGUUUGUUUCUCAGAAACAGGAAGUUUGGGAUUCUUUAACCGUAAGAAUAGGUAAAAAAUGGCUGGGAUGGGGUUUGAGAAGAAUAAAAGAAUCUGAGAUCAAGCAACUUGGGCUUAGCACUCCUAUUUUGGAUCAUUUAUCUCAGUUUCGAAAACCAGGAAUGAAAACUGAUCAUUGGUUUAAGUCAUUGAUGAAGAUAUGGAUGCAAGAUGUGAAUGCCAAGAUCGAAGCUGAUGAGGAAGCCAUCCUGUCCAAGUACAUUGUUGAACCAGUUCUGCCUCAAGAUCUCAGGGAGUCUUUUUAUAAUUUCAGAAAGCACGCAAUGGAUUAUGUUUCAUCAGAAUCGGCCACAACUCUUGAAUUACUUAAAAGGUACUUAACCGAAACCAGAUCUGAACAGCAAAGUAAUAAAAAAGUAAUUGCUUUAGAGGCGCCAACUAGUUGUAUAAAGAGCAACCUGCUUAGCUAUGGUAUAGUUGGCCUUCAAGGUUAUCCAAAGCACGUUUCUAGCUUAGUCUUGCAAGAUGACGAGUUAAUAAUAUGUUGGUUUUCAGGCCUGAUUCAGAGAUGGCUAAAAUGGUACUCUGAAUUUGAAAACUUUGGCUACAUUAAGCUUUUGAUAAUCCAGUGUGUCAGGAAAUCGUGUACUCGGACGUUGGGAGCAAAGUAUCAAGUGCCUGAAGAACUAAUUGAGAAAAACUACGACUCAGAAUUGAGCUGCAUUCCUAUAACAGAUGAUUUGGAGACUGAAAUGGCAUCAGAACCAUUUGGCAUUUCUUAUAGUUUUGAUAAUAAGGAGGCCCUCAGUUAUGGAACUUGUAACAGUGGGUUAUGCUUAUUGUCAUUGUCAAGGGUUAAAGUACCAUCUAGGGUGUUCAACUGCUUCGUAAUGGGAUGCGCAGCUGCAUCACCAAGCAUGUAUACGCUCCAUGUGAAGGGCAGGCAAAGAUUUCCUGGUUGGAAGACAGGAUUCUCUUCAUCAAUUCAUCCAAGCUUGAAUCGAAGAAGGAUUGGAUUGUGUAACCGACAUGUUAAAGCCUUGUAUCUUGGACAGAUUUCACUUCAGUCUGUAGAAUUUGGGGUUUUGAGGAAGUUGUGAGUACUUGAUUUGCUGCCAGAAAUCAUUGAAAGAUGUUUAGAACCAUGUUGGUUUUAUAUGCAGUGAGGGGGCUAGCGAAUGGUCUAAUUGACAAUAGGAGGCUAGCUAUUCCAAAUUUGUUUGACUAAUAUUUCAUCAGAUUAGUUUUGAGAAAAGUGGUAUUGGUCCAA